AGUUGAUGUCAAUCCGCGUUUCAACUUCUCCCCCUUCAACACUCAACAGACAUUUUUCAUCUUGUCCUCCCUCUGGCCUCUGCAAAUACUCUGUAUCCCAGAUUGUGGAGAAAUUCCUUUCCAUGGGACAAGAAACAAGAAAUCUCUCUGAUGAAUAUGAAAUCUCGGACAUUUUAGGGAAAGGAGGAUUCUCAGUUGUGAGGAAGGGUAUUCAGAAAACCAACGGAGAAAAGAGACAAGUAGCCAUCAAGACCCUGAAGAGAUUUGGUCCAACAGCUCCAUCAGGAGCUCCACGUGUUAAAGGCAGCGAGAAAAGCAUAGCCCUCAUGGGCUUCCCCACUUGGAAGCAGGUUCCAAUAUCUGAUGCCUUGUUGACAAACGAGAUUCUGGUCAUGAGGAAGAUUGUGGAAAGUGUUUCCCCCCACCCAAAUGUGAUUGACCUCUAUGAUGUCUAUGAGGACCAAACUGGAGUGCACCUGGUGCUGGAGCUUUGCUCUGGAGGUGAGCUAUUCGACCGGAUUGUGGCUCAGGAAAGGUACUCUGAGGUUCAGGCUGCGGCUGUGGUCAAGCAGAUAGCUGAAGGAUUAGCUGCUCUUCACAGGGCAAAUAUUGUCCACAGAGACCUGAAGCCUGAGAACUGCCUUCUCUUGAAUAGAACAGAAGAUUCUCCUCUGAAGAUUAUGGACUUUGGAUUGAGUUCUGUGGACGAAUUCACUGAUCCAGUCGUGGGGUUGUUUGGUUCCGUAGAUUAUGUCUCCCCAGAGGCUCUUUCUCAAGGCAAAAUCACUUCCAAGAGUGAUAUGUGGUCUUUGGGAGUAAUCCUGUACAUCUUGCUUUCUGGUUAUCCACCUUUCAUUGCCCAGUCAAACCGGCAGAAGCAGCAGAUGAUAAUUGCCGGGCAAUUCAGUUUCGAAGAGAAGACAUGGAAAGACAUUUCUUCCUCAGCAAAGCAGCUGAUUUCUGAUCUGCUGAAAGUUGAUCCUGACAGAAGACCAAGUGCACAACAACUUCUGGAUCAUCCAUGGGUCAGAGGUGAUUUGGCCAAGCAGGAGCAAAUGGAUGCGGAGGUUGUUUCUCGACUGCAGAGUUUCAAUGCCCGGCGCAAGUUCCGUGCUGCUGCAAUAGCUAGCAUUUUGAGCAGCAAAGUCCUAUUAAGGACAAAGAAGCUGAAAACUCUGCUAGGCUGCCAUCAUGACCUUACAGAGGGGGAAAUUGAGAAACUCAAGACAAAUUUCAAGAAAAUAUGUGCAAAAGGUGACAAUGCAACUCUCCCCGAAUUUGAAGAAGUGUUGAAAGCAAUGAACAUGGCAUCACUUGUCCCCCUAGCUUCUCGUAUCUUCGACCUCUUUGACGAUAAUCGUGAUGGCACAGUUGACAUGAGAGAGAUAGUCUGUGGAUUCUCCAGCCUCAGGAAUUCUAGAGGGGAUGAUGCUCUGCGUCUGUGCUUCCAGAUGUAUGAUACUGACCGAUCAGGAUGCAUCACAAAGGAAGAACUAGCAUCCAUGCUCAGAGCUUUACCUGAUGACUGUCUCCCAGCAGAUAUCACAGAACCUGGGAAGUUGGAUGAAAUAUUUGAUCGGAUGGAUGCUAACAGCGAUGGAAAAGUCACAUUUGAGGAGUUCAAAGCUGCCAUGCAGAGAGACAGCUCCCUGCAAGAUGUUGUCCUCUCUUCUCUACGCCAGCAGUAGCCUUCCAAUCUUUUCCUUUACCUUAAAUCACUUUCAAUGUUUCUUUGAAUUUUCACGUUAAAGGCGAUAGAAAGAUAGGUGAUGCCAAAUGGGGUUUAAACAACUAUAUACCUUGGUUUUGUAAGCAGGUACUAUAUCAUUCUAUGCUGAAGAAUAAUAUAAAUUUGAUAACCAU